ACCCUGGCCGAGCCUUUCCUGGCUCUGGGCGCGGGGCUCACCAGGAACUAGGAACCAGACGCAGAAGGAGGGCACCUCCAUCCCUCUCCUCUCCCCGGCCUCAGAACUCCUUGCUCAGCCAGCCAUGCCUUCCUCACCAGCGACCCCAGCCAUCCAACCGAGCUGUAAUGGACACACAUUUUACCAGCCUUUCCAGUGGGGUCGUUGGGGGCUCCCCAUUCUAGAGACAGGAAAACUGAGGCUCAACCAAGAAGGACAAAGAGGAGCAAACCCCUUUCUCCAGCUCAGCCCCUUUCCAUAUUCAAAGACUCUUGGAAGACCAGCGCAAAGGUCAGGAGAAUAGAGGUCAGAAGGAGUAGACCCUGAGGUGCGUUUCCCCAGCUGACCUCUUCCUGCCCCUGCCACCAGGGCCAGCAGGGAGCUCCCUGGUGAGGCACAGGUUCUUUGUGAACUUCCCAUCGGCCAAGCAGUACUUCAGCCAGUUCAAGCACAUGGAGGAGCCCCUGGAGAUGGAGCGGAGCCCACAGCUGCGGAAGCACGCCUGCCGGGUCAUGGGGGCCCUCAACACUGUGGUGGAGAACCUGCAUGACCCCGAGAAGGUGUCCUCUGUGCUCGCCCUGGUGGGCAAAGCCCACGCCCUCAAGCACAAGGUGGAGCCUGUGUACUUCAAGAUCCUCUCUGGAGUCAUCCUGGAGGUGAUCGCCGAGGAAUUUGCCAACGACUUCCCACCCGAGACACAGAGAGCCUGGGCCAAGCUUCGUGGCCUCAUCUACAGUCACGUGACCGCUGCCUACAAGGAAGUGGGCUGGCCCACCGGCCACACUGCCCUCUUCUGGGCCAUAGGAUCCUCCUCUCUCCUCCCCCCUCCCUGGCAGCAUCUUGAGCAGAAGGCCGAGUUCUGAAGACCCUCCUUGACCCUCCAUCUCUGGGUGCCAAGGAAGUUGGAGGAAUCCCUGACUCGUCUUCCCGGAAAGAGCUGCCUCUGCCUGGGCCACAGUCCCCCUGGAGCCACCAGGAGGUGGCCCUGGCUGCCUGGAUGCUGACCCCAGCUCGGUGGUGUGGCGGGUGGCCUGCGGGGGUGGGGGAUCCUCCCUCCUUGAAGAGCCGGGCACACCCUUCUUAGCUUUUCUACUCACUGUUAGAGACCUAGCUGAGCAGCUGGCAGGAAUCAGGGGCCCGUCUUUGAGUCGCUCCGCUCGAGAAACACACCAGCCCUGUUUCUAUCUGCCUGGCUAGCAUGCAGGUCUCCACAUCACUCACCUAGUACCACACACACACGUCUACCGUAUUUACAGAUAUAUUCUAUAUACAACCUAUAUAAAUCUCUCUAUAUACACAUACAUAUCUAUACGGUGUAUCAGUGGGGCCCAGAGGCACAUGUUAAGCCUCGGUUCUGCCCACCGAGGGGUUCUGGUAGCUUCUGGGCAGAGAACAGUGCGUUGUGGCAGACAUGACAGGGGUCCCACAUCAGCAGAGAGGACCUGGGCCUGCAUGGGCAGGGUGGGGGGGACCCAGUUCGCCAGCAAAGCCCAGCCCAUCCUCUCUGACUAGCUCCCCACAUUCCUGCUUUCCACUUCAGGCAAAAAGGAUUUGCCUCUCCCUACCUCUACCCUCCACAGAAGGAUGCGGCUCCCUGACUUGCCCUGAAAUGGGCAGACAGAGGGGCCAGGCGUUCUGGGCAAGAUGACGGCACUGGGGGGAGGGGCUAAGGUCAAGAAACCUCAAGCGCCAACUCCAUCCGCCUUUGCCACUAGGACAGCCCCGGCCAGAGCGGGAUCCAGGCUGCUGUCAGCCGGGCAGCGAUGACAGGACCCGAUGUCUCCAUCUCAUCCUGGAGCUCUGGGGGCCGAGGGCCUUCCCUCCCCCGCCCCUCCUGACUACGGCCCGGCACUCGGCCUGUCCAUCCACCUAGGUCACGUUGCUGGGGAACCCCCUGUGUGCCCCUUGGUCGCGUGUAUUGUCCUCAAGGAUGUUUCGCUGCUGUGGCGACUGUGCCUGUGUCCCCCGUCCCAUCUUUGUGCAGCCAUCCGUGUCACUGCCUGUCCACCUUUUGUAGUUUCUGAUGUUUGUAACCAGGCCCAGCUGUGUCAUUAAACAGACUCGUUCUUCCUGGG